AUGGUUGACAUCGUUCCAGUCUCCUCAUACCCUUCACAUAUCUCGCUGCUGCCAUCAAUACAGCAAUGCAAUCUUAGCAAUUUGCCCGAGAACUACUUUCUCAAAUACUACCUCUACCACGCCUUGACAUGGCCUCAACUCUCCUUUGUCGCCGUCGUUCGAGGGCCGGGCGGUAAACCGUCAGCAUAUCCGAAAGUUGUGGGCUAUGUAUUAGCGAAGAUGGAGGAGGACCCGCCCGACGGUGUCCAGCAUGGACACAUUACUAGUCUGUCGGUGAUGCGAACACAUAGACGGCUCGGUAUUGCAGAAAGAUUGAUGAGAAUGAGUCAGAGAGCUAUGGCCGAGGUCUUCAACGCCAACUAUGUCAGCCUACAUGUGAGAAUGUCAAAUUCGGCCGCUCUACAUUUGUACAGAGACACAUUGGGUUUCCAAGUCGACAAGAUCGAGAGCAAAUAUUACGCCGACGGAGAAGAUGCAUAUGCGAUGAAGAUGGACCUGCGAAGUAUGCAGAUCAAGGACGUCCCGGAGGACGAUGGGGAUGAAGGUGAGGGUGUCGGCUCACUAGGAAAGAAGGGCGAGGAUGGAGAGGAUGUGAAUGGAGAGGGUGCAAAGAAGGAGAAAUUGGUCAAGGUCAAGGUUGGCCGUCACCUGGGGGUGGGAGAUCUAGUUGAGAGGAAUGAAGGCUCAACAAGCGCACAGUACUGA